UUGUUAGACAUUUUGGAGCAGUAUAUCAUGGGUACUGGCAUGGAAUAUCGACGUAUCGAUGGAAAGACGCCUGGUCCAGUCAGAAUGAACUAUGUGCAUGAGUUCAAUCAAGACAAGUCUGUAUCAGUCUGUCUAAUAUCAACCAAGGCAGGUGGACUGGGUUUGAAUAUGACCGGGGCAAACAUAGUCAUCAUAUUCGAUCCUAAUUGGAAUCCUGCUCACGACCAACAAGCCCAGGACAGAGCCUAUCGAAUCGGACAGCAACGAGACGUGAAGGUGUACCGAUUGAUAUCAUCUGGCACUAUUGAAGAAAACAUGUAUCUUAGGCAGAUUUACAAACAGCAAAUAGCCAGUACGCUGGUUUCAUCUGAGAGUUCAAAGCGAUAUUUCAAUGCAGUUGCAGGUGAUAAAAGCCAACCUGGUGAGCUGUAUGGUCCGGAGAAUGUCUUUAGGUUUGGUAGAGGUGGCUGCCUAACAGAAGACCUUAUUGCGAGAGAAAAAACUUUUGAGCAAGGUAUAAUGAUGGCUCCGUAUACAAGUCCUGAAAGCCAUGUCGAUGAAGAAGUGGAAAAUUAUGAAGAAAAUGAACAAGAAGAAAAAAAUGAUGAUUGUGUAAACAGUGAAGAUGAUUGGAUCAGGUCACAGAUCAGUUACCAUAGCGAUGACAGUGAUGAAGUAGAUAGACACGAUGCUGGAAUAUUGAGGACACAACAUAUGGAAAUAAAAACUGAUGAGGAUGAAAGUGACGAGAUGAUGAGUCUUGAUACAUCAAAUAGUCUAGAUGAAGAUGCAAAGCUGAAUUUGAAAAGUGAACAGAUGUUGAGACAUUCAGUUAGGAAUGAGAGAUACAAAGAAGCAUUGAGUAGAAAGGGAACAUUGUCAUCCUCAAAGAAAGGAGAUGCACAUCAGGAGGAGAACAAAAUGAAGAGGAAAGUGAAGAGAAAUGUUCAGUUUCUUGAUGUGUCAUCAGAGGACGAAGAAGAUGGAAUUGCCAGGAAUGUUCGAAGGAAAAAGAAAAAAACGAAAGCUAAAAACAAUUAUUCAAGUGAUGCAGAAGAUUCUAUGGAAGUUAUUCUCAAGGAAUGUGGUGCGAAUUAUAUCCAUUCCAAUAUGGCGGUGGUUGGAGGCAGUCGUGUGGAGCACCAUGUUUCUAAAUGUGCAAUUAAAGACGUAUAUGAGCUAGAACAGUAUUCACAGAUGCCAGCAAACUGCCAUAUUCAGACUCUAUCACAGCCAAAUAGCGAAGAGAGCGAUGAUUUAGGAGUGUCGUGUAAGUCAUCGAUUACUCAGUCUCUCAUCACCGAAGAUAACACGACACAGUCUGAUGAUCCAUGCUGCUUAUACAAUCCUGUUGUUUUGCAUAGUAAACGAGAAUCUCGCAUCACUGGGAAUGUUACGCUUUUAAUUGGAGAGACUCCAAAGACCAUAACAAGACAACAUUUUGCCGACAUAGCUAAAUCUUUAUCAUAUAAAUCAACGUUGGAGUUCGCUGAAACUGUCCUCUCGAUUGAUUCCAAGGAACGACUUGAGAUUUUAGAAGACUAUUAUUCUAAAAAAUAUGCUCACCUACAAGUAGUUGAUACCAAAGGCUUAUACACUGUGAAAGUGGCAGAGGAGAAACCUAAAAACAAACAAAUACGGGUAAAAAAUGUUAAGAAAAAUGCAGCAUUGAGAAAACGGCCACAGAAUACAAGAAUGCGAAAAAGAAGACCACUAGCUGUGAAUUUUGACAGUGAUGAAAGCGAGGAAGAAAAUUAUAGACGUGAUAAAAGAUGCAUGUACAAAAACAGGAGGAAAGUUGUUUACAGAAGUGACAGUGAUGAGGAGAGGAAUGAUAUUGAGAGAAAAGAUGAGAGUAGUAAUGACGGUGAUUUGGAGGAGGAAAAUGUGUCCCUUAAGGAAGGAGCUUUAAGUAGGAGAAAAGCCGGAGUUUUUCAACAUGAAUCAGGUGCACAGAAUAUACAUGAUGAACUACUUUGUAUGGACAGUGAAACAGAUGGUACAAUCAGUGUAGAAGACAGUCCACAGCCACCACAGGUGACUACCAUAGAAAGAGAAUCAAGUUCUAGUAUCUCCUUGUGUAAAAAAGCAAAUAUGGAUUUCCUAGAUGAUAUCUUCAUGUGUGAUAACAAUCUUAGUGACGAUCAUAGUGAUGUCAAUGUUACCCAAGUUAACAGACAUGAUGAUAAGGUUACUGAGGUGACAAGCUGUUCCUAUGGUGAUGAGGACAGUUAUUUUGUACUUAAUAAAAAUUAUCGAAAAGUUAUAGAAGAUCUGUGA